GUGAUGCACGUCCUGUCCAAUCUGGGGCUCAUGGACACGAGCUCGCAUGAGGUGCUGCGCGGCAUAGCUGAGGACGGAGGGCUGACAUGGGAUGCGUUCUUGACUGACUUAGCGCAGCAGUCAGGCUACGGCGAUGUAGAUGACUGGCUGCACUCAGUUGGCAUGCAGGGACUGGGCGAAGGGGACAACUCCUGGGCACAAACGUGA